CGGAGAAAAAAAAGCUUAUGCAAAGAUUUCCUGCAAAUUUCUCACAAAACUCACUCAUCGAAAGUUAACUUACUUUAGCAAGAUGGUUGACAAAGCUUCAUCUGGCAAGCAGUGCGAGGAUUUUGGUCGCGAAACUUUAGAACUCAGUAAAGAUUUAGAGAGGAUGACCGAGCAGAUGGAGACUAUUUCAGUGAAUCUGACGUGGAUGGCGUACGACAUGGUGGUGCUGAGGACUGACCCCGAACUCGCAAAGUCCCUCACGAGGCUGGAGAACGAAUUCCUUCAGUGUAAAGCUGUUAUCUGCGGCUUUAGACAUAUAGAUUACCAGUGUGAAGUUGCAAACCAAAAGACAGCUCAAGAGUAGACGUUAAUUAUUUACACCCCCCCCCCCCCUUUAUUUGGAGAUGCUUUAUUUUUCUUAAUGAUUAUUAUUAUUAUUUCGAUUUUAAAUGCUGGUAAGACAUUGUAAAAACACA